AGCUAUAUAAAGAUGUAAGCAAGUGAUGACCGUCUCAUUCAGCAGCAGCAGGCAAGGCUUUGCAAGGAGGGCUGUGCAUUCAGACUUGUCCACCCGAAUCAUCCACUCGCCGCCGCCGCCAUGUCGAAGAGGAAGGUCAGAGAGCCCAAGGAGGAGAAUGUCACUCUUGGACCUGCUGUCCGUGAUGGAGAGCAUGUUUUUGGUGUCGCUCACAUCUUUGCCUCCUUCAAUGAUACCUUCAUUCAUGUGACUGAUUUGUCUGGGAGGGAAACUCUCGUUCGCAUCACUGGUGGCAUGAAGGUCAAGGCUGAUAGGGAUGAAUCAUCACCAUAUGCUGCCAUGCUUGCAGCACAGGAUGUUUCUACUCGGUGCAAGGAGCUUGGAAUUACUGCCUUGCACAUAAAGCUUCGGGCUACUGGAGGGAACAAGACCAAGACUCCUGGUCCAGGUGCUCAAUCAGCUCUUAGAGCCCUUGCUCGGUCUGGGAUGAGAAUUGGUCGGAUUGAGGAUGUUACUCCAAUUCCCACCGACAGUACUCGCCGAAAGGGUGGCAGAAGGGGUAGAAGGUUGUGAUUUCUCAAUUGUGAGGAUUCAGAUGUUGCAGCCGUUUCUUGCAUAUUUUUGGUUUCGGUGUUUAAUUAUCAGCCUCAGCUCUGGCAGGAAUGUAGUUUUGUUGAACUCAUGUUAGAUUAAUAUGCCAGAAAGAGAACUAGAAUUUAGUUUGGUUGGUUGACAAUUAUCAUUUUCAGCUUUACACAACAUGCUUUAUUGUUAUUUUAUAAUGGAUUUGUGUUUUGCUUA